UGCAGACACACAUACAAAAACAAAAAAAGAACAGCUUGAUUAAGGCAAGAGUCCAGAGCGAAGCCUCUAUUCCUUCCCAGAUCGGACCAAAACUUGCUAUGGGAAUAGAAGUUACAGAUAUUUGCAUGGACAAGGAGCCAGACUCUGUAAAUAUUUAUUCCAAUGGUGUUUUGCCCAAUCCUAGUAAUGAAACUUUUGAAAACCAUCAUGAUGAUGUGAAAACAUACGUGUAUGUUAAUGGGGAUCCUAAGAUUCAAAGUGCAGAAGAGAGCAUUGAAGCAAAAGAUUGUGUGGUGAAGGAAUGUACCAUGCAAGACCUGGUUGAAAAACCUGAACUAAGUCAUGUUGAUAAAAGUAAGGAGGAGGCAACCCAAGCAAACUCUAAUCUUGUGAUGGGCUUGCCUGAUGAAAAAGUCAAACAAGAAGCCCCCAAAACAAAGGAACAAACCAAAGCAAGAGUUUCUGUGAAACAUGCACCAAAAGCUGCUGCAACAAAUGUUAGGACGAAACAUACUGUUCCACAGCCUUUUGCUCUGGCAACUGAAAAGCGUGCUUCAUGUGUUACCCGUCCUGCUGUUGCCGAAGAAGCUGAUGCCACAACUGGUGUGAAUAAAUCAUCUAAUGCAAAUGCUGUGAAGCAUCCAAAUGGUUCAAAGCAAAAUCAGAUGCCAAUUGAGAGUAUACAUGCCUUGGUGCAGCCCCGUAUGAUCUCAAGGAAGCCACUACAACCUAAUAACAACAAGCAUCCAGAUGAUGAUGAUUCUUGUUCCAUCACUUCCUCCACUGCAGCAUCUGUCCCAAAUGCUAAGCCCAAGACAACUGUUGCAUCAGCUCCUGUAUUUAGAUGUACUGAACGUGCAGAGAAAAGGAGGGAGUUCUAUUCAAAAUUAGAGGAGAAACAACAAGCAAUGGAGGCUGAGAAAAGUCAAAGUGAAGCAAGGACUAAGGAAGAGAGAGAGGCAGCUAUCAAGCAAUUUAGAAAGAGUUUGAUGUUUAAGGCAAACCCAAUGCCAAGCUUCUACCAUGAGGGACCACCACCUAAGGUUGAACUCAAAAAGAUGCCACCAACUCGUGCAAAGUCACCAAAGCUGGGCCGAAGAAAGAGCUGUAGUGAUGCAGUACGUAAAACUAAAGGAGUUAAGGUUAAAGGAUCUUCUCAGCUGGUUACUCGUCACAGUCUGGGUGCUGUCAAAGAAGACAUUCAGACAACCAAUGGUUAUACAAACAAGAAGAAUCUUUGGAACCAGAAUGGCCAUAUCCCUUCCAAAUUUAAGGAUGAGACCGAGAAAGCCGAAGAAAUGAGUGAAUCAAUUGUCCCCAAGGUAAAUGGACACAGUAAUGGAGAUAUUGCUUUGCAGUCUUGAGUUUCCAGUAAUCUAUAUAAUUUAUAAGAGGGAAAGCGUCUUCAUUCUCAUGUUUUAUUGUGCUUGCUCUGAUGAAUGUGUAUUUUUCUCCCUUUAAACUUCAUUGACUCACUGCUUUCUCUUUAAUGUAUCAAAGUGUAAAUUUUCUGUAACUUAUAUCCACUUCCGAUAUAUAAAGAUUUAAGAUGCCUUGUUUUGUUGUGAAACUCUGUUUUCUUUAUUUCCCCAAGUCCUGAUGAAGAAGUUGUUUGCACUUCUUUGAACAAUCUG